AUGUCGUUCCACUCGCGUUUCCUCUCCCACCCUCUCACCUCGUCGCUUCUGCACCGGUGCGCGAUCAGUCGAGCUCUGGGGAGCGAUUCGGCGGCCACGCGGAGCGACGAGGCGGUAUGCGCGCAAGCAGCGGAUGAGGGGGGAAACGCGAGAGGAGAAGCGAGGGGGGACGCGAGGGGGGAUGCGAAUGCGGGUGCGUCGAUAGGCGAUAUCGAUCAGCGGGAGAGAAAUCCGGGGCCAUCGGCGAGUGGCGAGCACCGGGAUCGCGCUCCACACUCGGUCUCGCGUUUCAGAGAUCUCGUUUCGGUGACCUCGGCGGGUGAUUCGGCUUCAGAGGCUUCGACCCGGUCGAUUGAGGCGUGCGCGAUAACGGCACCUGGCGGCGCAGCAGAGGGCGCACCUGGCGGAGCCGCAAAGGGCGCACCUGGCGGAGCGGCAGAGGGCGCGGCGAGUUUUGAGGCGCCUCAAACGGCGGCGGAGGGCAUCGACGGUCGCUGUGACUCGCGGGGCGACGAGGGCGCAGGUUGGCGAAGAGAUGGCGAAGCGGCGAAACGGGCGAACUCGCUGUCUGUUGCCCUGCGAAAUGCGGCGACUGUUGAGGUGAGAGGAGGACAAUGGAAUAGGUGCUUGCCAUGUCUUCUCUCUUGCACGAGUCCGUCUUUCCUCCUUCACUCCACAUUCCCCCCCCUUCCCCCCUCCCUCCCUCCUCCAUCCUCUCUCACAUCCUGUGUCUUUCCUCCCUCCCAAUGCCCGCAAUGUCUCACUCGUCUUGCAUGGAUUCUUCCCUCCUCUCUCCCUGCCAUCCCCUAUCUUCCGCCCCCUCUCUCCUCCCCCUCAGCUCCUUCCUCCCUCUCUCUCACAUUUUGUGUCUUCCCUCCCUCCCUGCGUUUCCUCCCUUGUCAUUUCCUUCCCAAUUAUCCCACUUCCAGUGCUUCCAAUUCUCCUGAUGCUCCUGAUGCCCCGAACUCUCUUCUUUGCAUCUCCUCUAUUCUGCACUCACUCGUUCCCAUCCCACCCUCUCCUGUCUCCACCCUCUUCCUUCUGUCACUCUAUCCUUCCCUCACUCUAACCUUCCAUCAUCUCCCCCCCACACCUGCUGCCACGUCACCGAGCCCUGCAUAUGUCGCCUGGGCGUGGCCCUUUCUCACAUUCUCCGCCUCACCUCCCCCAACCUCCCCCAACCUCCCCCCUUCCCCAACAUUUCUCUCUCCAUCCCCUCCCCGCCAGGUCACCGAGCCCUGCAUAUGUCGCCUGGGCGUUGGCCUCUCACGUUUACCGCGCCUCACCUCCCUCACUCUCGCUCACAAUGGCCUAGAGGCCCUCCCCGACUCCCUUUCCUCCCUCACCGCCCUGCGCCAUCUCGACCUCUCCCACAACCGCCUCUCCUCUGCGCCGCUCCACCUCACGUCCGCCCUUCCACACCUCAAGUCUCUCGUCCUCUCCGGCAAUCCCUGUGCUCCAUCCACACCCCAACAUGACACCCAUCUGCAGCAGUCCACUGUGGAUUGA